GCAAGGCUCUGCUCUUGUCACCGAGACAAGACCUGUGGCUCAGAAACCGGAAGGCGGUGCAGGCCUCCACGGCUUCCAGGCUGAGGCCCCUGUCGAAGACCGCGCCUUGCUUGUGCAGACCUUGAUGGAAGCCAUCCAGAUCUCCGAGGCUCCACCCACCAACCAGGCCAUGGCAGCUGCCAGUGGGCAGAAUGCUAGUCCCCAGAGUUCACAGCCCCCAACUGCCAAUGAGAUUAACAACUUGAAUGUGGAGGAGAACAGCAGUGCGGAUCAAAGACGGGCCUCACUGGCUUCAGGGAACUGGAGGUCUGCUCCAGUUCCAGUAACCACUCAGAACCCACCUGGCACACCCCAGAAUGUGCUGUGGCAGACCCCACUGGCUUGGCAGAACCUGUCAGGCUGGCAAAACCAGACAACCAGGCAGACCCCACCAGCACGUCAGAGUCCCCCAGCUAGGCAGACAGCAUCAGCUUGGCAGAACCCAGUUGCAUGGCAGAAUCCAGUGAUCUGGCCUAACCCAAUGAUCUGGCAGAAUCCAGUGAUCUAGCCAAAUCCCAUUGUCUGGCCUGGUCCAAUUGUCUGGUUAAACCCAGUGGCCUGGCAGAAUAGAGCUGGUGGCAGUCCCCACCCACCUGGCAGGCUCCCCCCCAGCUGGCAGAACCCUCUAGAUUGGCAAGGCCCUCCAGAUUGGCAGUUACCCCAUGACUGGUCACUGCCUCCUGACUGGGUAGUUCCCACUGAUUGGCCUUAUCCACCUGACUGGAUCCCUGUCGACUGGCCAAUUCCACCUGACUGGCAGAAUUUACGACCCUUGCCCAAUCUGAGAUCCUCCCCCAACUCUCGUGCCUCACAGAACCAGGGUGCACCACAACCCCGAGAUGUGGCCCUUCUUCAGGAAAGAGCAAAUAAGUUGGUCAAGUACCUGAUGCUUAAAGACUACACGAAGGUGCCCAUCAAGCGCUCAGAAUUGCUGAGGGAUAUCAUCUGAGAAUACACUGAUGUUUAUCCAGAAAUCAUCGAACGCGCCUGCUUUGUCCUGGAGAAGAAGUUUGGAAUUCAGCUGAAGGAAAUUGACAAAGAAGAGCACCUGUAUAUUCCCAUCAGUACUCCUGAGUCCCUGGCUCGCAUACUGGGAACGACCAAAGAUACACCCAAGCUUGGUCUCCUCUUGGUGAUUCUGGGCAUUAUCUUCAUGAAUGGCAAUCAUGCAAGUGAGGCUGUCCUUUGGGAUGCACUGCGCAAGAUGGGACUGCGUCCUAGGGUCAGACACCCCCUCCUUGGUGAUCUGAGAAAACUUCUUACUUACGAGUUCGUGAAGCAAAAAUACCUGGACUACAGACAAGUGCCCAAACUCAACCCUUCUGAGUAUGAGUUCCUCUGGGGCCUCCAUUCCUACCAUGAGACUAGCAAGAUGAAAGUGCUGAGAUUCAUUGCAGAGGUUCAGAAGAGAGACCCUCGUGACUGGACCGCACAGUUCAUGGAAGCUGCAGAUGAAGCAUUGGAUGCUCUGGAUGCUGCUGCUGCUGAGGCAGAGGCCUGCGCUGAAGCACGAACCCGCAUGGGAAUUGGAGAUGAGGCUGUGUCUGGGCCCUGGAGCUGGGAUGACAUCGAGUUUGAGCUGCUGACCUGGAAUGAGGAAGGAGAUUUUGGAGAUCCUUGGUCCAGAAUCCCCUUUACCUUCUGGGCCCGAUACCACCAGAAUGCCCGCUCCAGAUUUCCUCAGGCCUUUACUGGCCACAUAAUCAGCCCCAGUGGUACAGCUACUGCCAACUUCGCCGCCAAAUUCAGUGCCAUUGGCUUCUUCUGGGUUGAGUAAAAUGUCCAAUCCUGCUCAUCAUUUGCAAUAGUUUUCCCUCUGAGUAAGGCUGAAGCCUCAGAUUCCUUCAGAACCCAGCUAUCUAGAGAGCCACAUCCUCUUGACUGAGUGGCAUGCAAGAUACAUUUAUUUGC